GCAUGCUGGCUCAUCGGAUCAAGCUCCGUCCAAGUCCUCCAAGAAAAAGAAACAUCAUUCAAGGUCUUCACCUGAUACUAGCUCUUCUGAUGAAGACCAUUUGCUCAUCCCUAAGUUAAGAAGGACCAAAAGCAUUGUGAUGAACAAACUUGAUUAUUUGGAGUCCGAUGACCUAUUUGACCCUUCAUCAAAUGAGAGUGGAGAAGAAUAUGUUCCUAAAAGUAGUGAGGAAUACUCUGAAGAUACUGACACAAACGAAAUUAUGGAAACUGACGAUCAGAAAAGACUCCUCCUCUGUCAUUUUAAGAAAGUUGCAGAUUUCACAGUUUCACCUCCCCCUGUGAUGAAGGAGAACAGUAAAGAUAAAUGUACGGAGAGGGGACUUCACAGGGGACGUUCACCAACAAAAAAGCAUGAAAAAUUUCAUAAAUCCAAAAGGCGACGUUUUAGUCCUUCACUCUGUCGCACUAAAUGCAUUGGUGAGGCUCAGUCAGCUGAUCAAAUUGGACGUUCAAGUGAAGACGACAGCUCUGCCACAUCAACACCUGUUGCAGAAGAUGAUGGUGUAUCUUACUCUUCAGUUGCAGAUGAUAGAUGUCCUAAAGUUUCUCCUGUCAUACCUGCUGUUUCAAAAAGUCAGGAUGGGUCACGUAUUUACAACAAAAAGCAGUACUGUUUGUACUGUAAACAGGGAUACAUAAAAAUUUCAAGGCAUUUGGAGCGUGCUCAUCACAACAAACCUGAAGUUGCACAAGCCAUAGCUUUUCCCAAAGGCUCCAGGGAAAGAAGGUUACACCUCGAACAUUUGAGAAACAGAGGCAACUUUGCACAUAAUGUUGAGGUGCUUAAUAGUGGCACUGGAAGACUGGUUCCACGCAAGCAACCAAGGGAAACAUCUGAAUCACAAAAUUAUCUCCACUGCACCUAUUGCCAAGGAUUAUUCACAAAAAAAGUCCUCUGGAGGCACAUGACAAUCUGCAAGUUCAAGCCCAAUGUUGUCAAGAAACCUGGCAAAACACGAGUUCAGGCGCUCUGUGCAUUUGCUGUUCCCCCUCCCCCAGGAGUGAAGACAGAGUUCUGGAAGUUGUUGAACUCCAUGAUUCAGGAUGAGGUGUACUCUGCUGUAAAAUCUGAUGAACUCAUCAUUGAAUAUGGACAGCAUCUUUACAAUAGACUGGGUUAUGAUCCCACAAAACAUGAGUACAUUCGUCAAAAGAUGAGAGAACUUGGAAGACUUUUGAUACAUUCAAAGAAAAUUACCCCCAUGACGACGAUUGAAGAACACAUUAAACCUGCAAAUUUUAUGCUGGUUGUGGAAUCUGUAAAAUCCCUAGCAGGUUUUACGGUUGUAACAAACACCUACAGGUGCCCUAGUUUAGCGUUGAAGAUUGGAUACAGCUUGACAAAAAUUUCACAGCUGGUUGAAAGUCGUGCAAAUGUGCAGAAGAAUUACAGUGCAGCUAAAGAUGCUCGUGCAUUCCGAAAUGUUUAUGAAUCAAGAUGGAAUGAGUUUGUGUCAGCUGCAUCUCUGAGAACACUCCAGGAAUCAAAGUGGAAUGCUCCACAGUUGCUUCCCUUUACUAAAGAUGUCCAGACUCUUCAUUCACAUCUAAGUGAGCAACAACAACAUUUUUACAACCAAUUAUCAACAGAAGUAUCCUCACAAACCUGGAUGAAUCUGACCAAAGUCACCCUGACUCAAGUGAUUCUGUUCAACAGACGCCGAUCCGGGGAAGUAUCAAAAAUGUCCCUUUCCGCAUAUCUGUCUUCGAUUCCGAAUAGUGAUCAGGAUGAUUUGAAAGAAGCUCUAUCUGACCUUGAAAAAAAACUGUGCAAACAUUUUAGAAGAUUAGAAAUAAGAGGAAAAAGGGGCAGAAAGGUACCAGUCCUACUGACUCCAGAAAUGCAGCAGUCAUUGGAUAUGCUUGUCAGCAAACGACAGGAAUGUGGUGUACCUACAGAAAACAUCUACUUAUUUGCAAGACCAUUCGCAAUGAGUUGCUAUCGUGGCUCCGAUUGCCUUCGAUUUUGA